UGCCAUUCCCUAUCGACAAUAUCCUUAAGCCUCUGAGAAGCCUAAAAGCGCUGAACCCUAAUUUCACAGAGCUCGUUCGUUUCACCAUUGAAGGGGCUCAAAGAAAUGGCGAUGGCGAUCUCAAACGUCCUCCAGUGCUCCAACUAUCAUUUCUCUCAAAGGAAACCUUUAGCUUCUCGUGAUCCUUCUCUCCCUCUGUUUGUUAGGUAUUCUAGAACAAUUCCCCGAAAGUCCAUGGUGGUUUGUAUGGCUUCAUCUGCUGCAGGAAGUUCUAAUCCCGAUAAUGAUGUUAACCCAUAUGAGGUUCUUGGUGUAAGCUCCAUAGAAGGAUUUGAUAUGAUUAAGGCAGCAUAUACAAGAAAACGGAAGGAUGCUGAGAGAAGAGGUGAUGAAGCAACUGCUGACCUUUUGGAGAAGGCAUAUGAUAAAGUCAUGAUGUCACAGCUGACAAAUCGGAAGAAGGGCCUAACAUUUGGUUCAUUUAAGGUCUCAAAGGACAUCAAAUAUGCUGAUAAACAACCAAUUGUACCGUGGGGCCCAAGGUUCACCAAGUCCAGUGUGCAGGACACGCGCAUCAACAUGGCCAUAUCUGCUUUCUUUACAGCUUGGAUUCUAAUCACACGCAAUGCUGAAUGGAAGCCUCUACAGUUCUUAGCAUUUGUGUUUGUGUACCGAGUGUUUGAAAAGUUAAAGUCUUCUGAACCACCUGUCUCUCCUACAUUCACUGAAGAUGGUGAAGAUGAAGGGAGGGCAUUGCGAAUGGGAAAACGUCUACUUCGUUCUCUGGCACUAGUUUUUGGCUGCAUAGCUGUUUCCGCCUUGGGGUUCACUGGUGUCCUAAACUUAAUUGAGCUACUUGGUCAAUAUAUACCUGCUUCUCUUUAUAAUAACCAGGAACUAGUUGUGACCGCUGCAACUGCUGUCAUGCUCUUCAUUAUGGCUUCUUACUACAGAUGAUAAGAAGCAACAUCAGUGGGUUGCCGGUUUUCCC